AUGUCGGCGACCGCCACAGAAACCGCACCGCCUGCUGAGCAGCAGCAGCAUGCUCCAGAGAUCACCAUCCUCACACGCGUCGCGUCGAUCCCAGUGAUCGCCUCGUCGCUGGGAUCCCUCAACGACAAGUUAUCGACCAACGCAUACACCCGCUCUUCAUACAACCACGCCAAAGAGCUUUCUACGAGCGCCUACAAGCUUACGGAGCCCCUCCAGAUCAAGCUUGCCCCACUUAUCGUCCGCGCUGACAGCAUUGCCAACAAGGCCGUUGAUGCAGUCGAGACGCGCUACCCUUACCCAUUCAGGGCCCAGCCGGAGGAAGUCGCUACCUACGUCCGCGAGCGCAAGGACAGCACCGUGGGCUUGAUCCAGGAGCGAGUCACCGGGGUCAACAAGGCCAUCGAUGAUAGGGUCAAGACUCCUGCUCUCAAUGUUGUCCACGAUAUCGAUCAGCGUUUCACCCCCCUUGUCGACUACUUCGAGUCUGCCGUCUCCAAGUUGAACCCAUCCGAGGCCGGACCUUCUUCUCCUCCCGAUGCGAAGUAUCAGUAUCAGCGCGCUAUGGCCCUGUCCAAGACCCUGGGCGACAACCUUUACGUCUACUCCAACGAGCAAUUGAAACACCUGCAGGCCCAAUCAGUCCUCGCUCAGAAGGCCUCUGAGACCGCACAGUCUAUUUCCACAGUUGCCUCUUCAUCCCUAGCCUCUGCUCAGGCCCGGAUUCACACACUGUCAGACACCAUGCUCGCAGAACUCCAGAAACUCCAGACUUCUACCUCUUCCUUCGCCGCCUCCCUCCAAACGACUUUCACUGAAUCGACGUCGCAGCUCCAAGCCCAGAUCCCCCAGAUCCAACAGUCCUUCGCCGAUGUCACCGCCGCCCUCUCAGCUACGGUUCAUGACCUCACUGAGAUCGUCAAGACGAAGGACCUGCCUCUCCAGGAGAAGGUUACCCGCGUCGGGCAGGAAGUCCGCGACCGCGUGCACCCGUUGCUGGAGACGCUGAAGAAAGGCGUCUCCGAGGUCCUGGCGCGCUCAAAGGUUGAUAGCGAGCCUCCAAAGACGGAAGGAAACGGUAACCCUGCGCCAGAGUCGACGUAA